AUGGCUGCUUCCAUCUCGGGAACGCAUGCUUGCUACCCUAGCGUCGCACUUAAUAACGCCACUGGCAACCGCCGCCGCGGCGCCGAAAAGAACUCCUUCGCGCCUCCUCUGCCGGCGUCCAGGCCGUCGUCGUCGACGCUGCGCAUCGGCGAGCAGUGGCCGGAGCUCCAGGGCGCCCGCGACUGGGACGGCCUUCUGAGCCCGCUGGACGGCGCGCUCCGGGGCGAGCUCGUCCGGUACGGGGAGUUCGUCCGCGCCGCGUAUGCAAGCUUCGACUUCCAAGGACGUGGCGCGCCGACCUCCUACGGGUCCUGCCGGUUCCCAACCCGCUCCCUGCUUCGUCGGUCUGGCAUCCCGGAGACCGGCUACACGGUCACCGGCCUCCUCCACGCGGCGUCUAGCUCGGCGCCGAGCUGGCUGCCGUCGUCGUGCACGUGCAGCUCGAGCUACAUCGGCUACGUGGCGGUGUGCGUUGACGAGGGCGAGAUGGAACGGCUCGGGCGCCGCGACGUGGUCAUCGCAUACCGCGGCACGGCGACCUGCAGCGAGUGGCUGGACAACUUCCACUCCACUCUCACCUGCCUCCCGACCACCACCACGGCCCCGCGAUCCAGGGAGGAGGAGGAGGAGCCGAUGGUGGAGAGCGGGUUCUGGAGGCUCUUCACCACCCCCGGUGAGGCGCAUGGCAGCCUGCAGCACCAGGUGCGCGGCGAGGUGCAGAGGAUCGUCGGCGAGUACAGCGGCAAGGGCAUGCCGCCGCUGAGCAUCACCGUUACCGGCCACAGCCUCGGCGCGGCGCUGGCGGUGCUCACCGCCUACGAGAUCGCGGCUGCAACGCGAGACGCGGACGAUGAGGCGCCGAUGGUGACGGCCGUGUCGUUCGGUUGCCCGCGCGUGGGCAACGCGGCGUUCCGGCGCAGGCUGGAGGCGAGCGGCGGCAAGGUUCUCCGCGUGGCUAACUCGAACGACCUCGUGACCAAGGUGCCUGGGCUAUGGGUCGACGAGUACGGGUCGGUGAAGAGGUGGAUGGCCUCGAAGAUUGGGUGGGCGUACAGCGACGUCGGCCGGGAGCUGCUGCUCUCCGGCCAUGAUUUGCCGCGCAACGUGGUCGCGUCGCAUCACCUCGACUUGUACCUCAAGCUCGUGGCUGCAUGCACAUAUUGA